AUGAUGCUUACGAUGCUAUGCUACAGGUGUCUUCAACGCGGUUCACAACAGCAUGCAUAUUGGGUAUGUUCCACUCACCCUCUCAACCAGCAUCAUCUAAUCCCUCCCAGUGGCAACGCCUUUGCCCUAUUUCUCAAGUCCCAGCGGAAAUGGGACAAUCCAGCCCUCCAAGAUGACCACCGCGACCAAUUCCGCAACCUCUGCAUAGAGCAUAAAUACGACGGCGCAAAACACAUCCUCCCCCACGGCUCCUACCUCGUGAACCUGGCCCAAGAAGACAAAGCCAAGGCUAAGCAAGCAUAUGACGCAUUCCUGGACGACCUUCGCCGCUGCGAAGCCCUAGGAAUAACCCUCUACAACUUCCAGUACAUCCCCCUCCCCUACACACCCCAUCCUACCAACCCCGCCAACCAAACCUCCCAUGCCUCCGCCAUAACCCGCCUCGCCGCGGCCCUAACCUCCGCCCUCGCCGCCACCAGCACCGUCACGCCGGUGCUCGAGACCAUGUGCGGCCACGGCAGCACAAUAGGCGGCUACCUGCACGAAUUCCGAGACAUCCUCUCCCAAAUCCCUAAAGAAUACCAUCACCGAAUCGGCAUCUGCAUCGACACCUGCCACAGCUUCGCAGCGGGGUACGACCUCGCCUCGCCCUCGGGAUUCGCCUCCUUCAUGCAAGAAUUCUCCGACGUAAUCGGGAUCCAAUACCUGCGCGCCCUACACCUGAACGACUCGAAAGCACCACGAGGCAGUAAACGCGACCUACACGCUAACAUCGGCACGGGAUUUCUGGGCCUGCGCGCAUUCCAUAAUGUUAUGAACGAGCCGCGGUUCCAAGGGUUACCGAUGAUUUUGGAGACGCCGAUUGAUAGGCCUGAGAGUGAAAUCAAAGGUAAUGAGGAGGGGGAGGAGUCACCCAAGGCUGAUAAGAAGAAGAAACCGGCUGGGGCUUCUGCGAAGAUGGUACCGGAUCAUAAUGUCUGGGCGGGCGAGAUCGCGCUGCUUGAGUCGCUGAUUGGGAUGGAUCCUGAGGGAGAGGAGUUCCGGGCCUUGGAGGCGAGGUUGUCUGAGGAAGGGCGGGAGAUGCGCGAGAAGCAGAUGGAGCAGUAUGAGCGGAAGUUGGAGGCGGAGGCGAAGAAGAAGGAGAAGGCGAAGGCGAAGGAGGAGAAAGGGCAGAAGACGCUGAUGGAGAUGAUGAAUGGGGGCGGGAAGCCGAAGGGGAAGAAUACGAGGGCGAAGAAGGGAAAGGCAGUGGAGAAGGAUGAGAGUGAUGAGGGGAGUGAUGAGGAGGGGUGUCAGAGUUGUUCGGAGUAG